CCCGUAGCUGCAGUUGAGAGCUCUGGGGCUCACUUCUUGCUCAACACAGCCAGAAGUGGAGGUGGGCUCCCAGCACAGAGGCCAGUGGACCAAUGGCUCUGCCCCGUGCCCUCGGGCUUGGAGUGCUGCUGGCCCUGCCAGGGGCCCUGGGCUCCGGAGGUGGAUCAGAGGGUGGCGCAGGCUCCAGCUCUGUCACCAUUGUCCUGCUGCUGCUGCUGCUCCUGUUGCUGGUCACAGGCCUGGCCUUAGCCUGGCGCCGCCUCAGCCGAGACUCGGGGGGCUACUACCACCCGGCCCGCCUGGGGGCCGCGCUGUGGGGCCGUACCCGCCGCCUGCUCUGGGCCAGCCCCCCAGGCCGCUGGCUUCAGGCCCACACUGACUUGGGGUCCCCAGAGGACCCAGAACAGCAGGAGGAUGAGCAGGAUGCGGAAGAUGAGGACAUCAGCGACAGUGUCUGCCUAGAGGAGGCUGUCCCCGGAGAAAAGGAGCAGCAGCGGGGCUCCGGACGCCGCCCCGAGCAGGCCCUGGAAGCACAGGACAGUGACCACGAAGGGGCCCUGGGCCUCGGCGCUGUGGGGCCGGUGGGCUCAGGGGGCAGUGCUGAGGCCCUGCUGAGCGACCUGCAUGCGUUUUCAGGCAGUGCGGCGUGGGACGACAGCGCCAGGGCAGCAGGAGGCCCGGGCCUCCAUGUCACAGCGCUGUAGGAGCCGGCCUCAGGUCCCAGACUUGUGCCACCGCUUCCCAAGCUUGCCCUAGACCUGCUGUCACCCAAACCCCAGAUAGUGCCCCCCAGUCUCCAAGCCUGAGUGCUCCUCCUUCAGAACGGCAGGUACCCCACAAGCAUUGGGGCACCCCUGAAAUAAAAGCACACAGCCCUGUG